AUGUUGUCGUACUGUGAUGUAAAUCAACUCGAGUGUGGCCUUCAUUCGCUGCAAUUGAGCCCAGUAAGUGAUACAACUAGCACCAGCUCUUGUACAAAUUGGAGUAGCAUGAACCCAGACAGUUCUUCAGUCUCUCCAAAUAUAGUCGCUCGACAGGAGAAUCAGAAUGCUGCUGCCUUAUCGGCUGAAGAGGGCAUUGCAAAAUUACUCAGUCGUACUAACUACUCGAUCUCCAAGGAGAAUGGUCAGCGUCGAUACGGACCCCCACCUAACUGGACGGAAGAAAUUCCACCAAGGGGAUGUGAAGUCUUUGUCGGUAAGAUCCCGCGAGACUGCUUUGAGGAUGAAUUAGUUCCUAUCUUUGAGAAAAUUGGCCCAAUCUACCUGUUUCGACUUAUGAUGGAAUUCAAUGGACAUAAUCGUGGUUAUGGUUUCUGCGUCUACACAAAUCGGGAUGAUGCAAAACGAGCAGUAGACGAACUGAAUAACUAUGAAAUCAGAAAAGGUAAAACUAUUGGAGUUUGCUUGAGCGUUGACAACUGCCGUCUCUUCGUCGGAGGAAUUCCAAAAAACAAGACAAAGGAGGAAAUUUUUAUCGAAAUGCAAAAGGUUACAGACGGAGUCAAAGAUGUAAUCUGUUACCCGAGUGUUGCUGACAAAACAAAGAAUAGAGGAUUUGCCUUUGUGGAAUAUGAAAGUCACAAAGCAGCAGCAAUGGCUAGAAGAAAACUUAUUCCAGGAAGAAUUCAACCCUGGGGCCAGCAAAUUGCUGUCGAUUGGGCUGAACCAGAACGUGAAGUCAAUGAGGAAAUUAUGUCAAAGGUGAAAAUUCUAUACGUACGUAAUUUGAUGCUAAGCACAACUGAGGAACAGCUGAGAGCUAAAUUUUUGGGAGCCGGAGAAGUGGGAGACCAAGCUAUUGAACGAGUGAAGAAAAUCACUGACUACGCCUUUAUCCAUUUCAAAGAUAGAGAAGUUGCUCAAAGAUGCCUUGAGAAACUCAAUGGAGCUGUUAUUGAUGGUUCUACGGUUGAAGUAACAUGGGCUAAGCCUGCUGAUAAGGGUGAGCAAGUUCGAUCUCAGUCUGCUCGAUCUGGAAGACAGCUGAUGGACUGGAAUCUUAAUGGUGAUUUUCCAAAUGCUGCGAACUAUUUCUUGGACCCAACCGCAGCUUUCUUAACUGGACUCAACCCUCUUAUGCUAUCUGGAUCAACAGGAUGCACUAAAGGAACUUCUUCAAGAAUAGGUCGGCGAAAUGCGGCUGGAGGAAGAAGUGCAGCUGCUCAAAGGGAAAGAAAGCACCCAGUGGAGAUUAUGGAGGACUUCUGCCAACGCAAUGGUUUAGAACCACCUGUGUAUAUGGCCCUUCCAGUGGAUAUUGUGGAUUAUGCAACUGGUGGCAAGAUCCAGCUUUUCAUUGGACAGGUCAUUAUUUCCAGCCUCCGACUGCACUACAUCACUCCCAGGUACUACAAUACUGCGGAGGAGGCAAAAGUAGGGGCUGCUGAAACUGCUGUCUACAACUUGCACUACAACCAACUUCAGCUCGCUAUGGCUGACCGUAAGUGGGCAUUCUAUUUUUAUUUGCCAACAUGA